AUGAGUACGGCCUUGAAUGCCUCUGAUCACGUUAGAAGACGAUCUAGCGAGGACAUCAAUGGUGAAAUUGCUACAAAUGCAUUCAAGAAACUGAAGUUCAAAAGUAUCAAUUAUGAUGACUUUCGACCUGGAGCUUUGAUCAAACUGAGAAUGGAGAACUUUGUCACGUAUAAAGUUGCAGAAUUUGAUCUUUCGCCCUCUUUGAAUAUGAUUAUAGGCCCCAAUGGGUCCGGCAAGUCGACGUUCGUGUGUGCAGUAUGUAUUGGGCUCGCAGGCAAGCCUAGAUUCAUAGGGAGGAGCAGCAAGCUCGAAGAUUUCAUCAAAAAUGGUGAAGAGAAGGGUUUGGUCGAAGUCACUUUGAAAAAACCGGCAGAAGUAGAGCAUAGUCCCAUUGUGAAAUCGCAUGACCAAGUGAUCAAGAUAACGAGACAUUUGUCGAGAUCGAAGCGGGACUCUGACUACCAGAUAAAUGAUAUAGAAGUACCUGAGUCUCUGGUAAAAUCAAUUAUUUCUCAAUUGAACAUUCAAUUGGAUAAUUUGUGCCAGUUCCUUUCACAGGAGCGUGUAGCCAGUUUUGCUGGGCAGAGUCCCGAGAAGCUGCUAGAAGAAACAGCUCGAUCAAUCGAUAUCAAAUUAUGUGAAGUUUUAUCACUUUUAAAGGAGCUUCAGGAUGAGGAGCGAGACCAUCAGAACAAAGUCAAUUCAACCCAAAAAAGGAUCGAUAGCCUAAAAAAUGACUGUGAAAGAUUGAGGAUCACCGUCAGUACUUUUCGAGCGUAUCAAAAGAAGCUGAAAGAGAUUGAUGAGUAUAAGAAACUUUUGCCAUAUGUACAACUCAAAGGCCUCGAAGAGAAGUUACGACAAUAUAGAGCAGAAUACGAGCAAGCUAAAACUAAUUUAAAAACUCUACUUCAGGAGAAGAGGAAGCUUUUCGAAACACAAAAGAAGUUUGAAAGUACGUUGAAAGAGGCAAACAAUAAAGUUCAUUCAAUUAAAGCAAAAUUUGAGAAACUCAGUCGCGAUUCGACUAGGUUGACCAAAGAUCUGAAAACAAUGCGAACUGACAUUGCUAGUAAAAAGCAGGAUAUACAGAGAUACAGAGAAAAGAUCGGCGGCCUUCGAAACAACGUUGCAGAGAAGAAGAAGGAGCUAGAAGACAAGCGUGUUCAGUUGACCUCCAUUGAGAUACCGGACAACAGUUUACUGGAUGACCUCAAAACUCAACAUGAGGAGCUACUUGCAAGAGAAACCAGAAUUAACAGAUCUCUGCGAGAAGUGGAGGGGAAGAUGUCUAACUUAAAGUACGAAAGGGACAACGUGCAAAGCCGCAUACGGAGACAGACAGAAGCGCUUCACGACAACGACCGGAUUCAUGUUUUAGACGAGCUUGCCUCUAAAGAUAGAGGAGGUGGUAAGACGUUUCGGACGGUGAAAAAUGCAGUGUUAUACGUUCGAAGUAGGCAAGACAUGCAUGGUCAGGUUUUAGAACCACCGGCAAUAACUGUUUCUGUGAAGGAUCCCCAACAUGCUUGUUAUUUGACUCAGUGUGUUGAUUUUAACACGAGAAUUGCCUUUACCCUAACUGAUUCACAGGCAUAUAUGUCAUUUGGUAAAGACAUCUUGGACAGAUAUGGAGUGAACACUAGAGAGUUGAAUAAUGGAAACCCCAAGCCUCCACUUCCGAGAGAAGAACUUAAAAAGAUGGGGUUCGAUUUUUUUUUAUCAGAUGUUGUAAGUGGGGAUUCUAGAGUCAUAAGGAUGUUAUGUCAAAACUGUAACAUCCAUUCAAUACCAGUUUCUCGGAGAGAAUUAAGCCCUGAAAUGAUAUCCAGACUCACGCAAGCAAGAAGAAACGGCAGGCUUCUCUUCCCAAAGUUUAUUCAUGGUAACAGAGUUGUUGAAAUGGGGAUUGGUACGUACAGUCACAAAGUAUGGACAAGAGAUUAUGAGUGUAUUAAAAGGACUGAUUUCUUUCGAGCAGAUGUUAUGUCAGAUGAACAGAAAGUCAAUAUCGAAAGAGACAUCUCACGAUGUCAAUUAAAAGUGGAAGAGCUCUCAACUGAGUAUAAGCAAUUGAUCGAAGAAAAGCAGUCGUUAGAGAAAACUUCUUCAGGUUGCUCUCGAGAGACAGAGUCUGUAAGGAAGCGGCGAAACGAACUGAAUAUCAAACGCAGUGACUACUCAAAGGUCAAAUCGAGAAUUAGAACGUUGGAAUCUGAAAUAAGAGAAUUAAAUUAUAAUGAGCGUGAGACUCUUGAAGGACAAAUUUCCCAGUCAGAAGCUCAGAUUGCCACUCAAACAAUGUCACAAACGGUGGCGACGACAGAGCUCAUGGAAGCACUCGCAAAACUGAGAGACUGCCAGGAAGAAUUAGUCUUUGCUGAGAUAGGCGAGUUUGAAGCGAGAAACAUGGAGGCAUCGAUUAUUGAGAUUAUUGCCUCGUUUGAGCAGCGGGAAGACGAAUGUAAAAAUGAGUUUACGAACAAAAAGCAGAAAUGUAGAGAAGCCAAAGGUGUUGAAUGGGACAGGUUGAAAACUCAGAUUCGCUCUUACAAUGAAGAGGUACAGGAACGUCUGGAGGUUUUCAAGCAAAAGUUGAUAAAUGAGGGAAACUUCAAUUUAUCACACGUACAAGAUGUAAUAAGCAGACUUGAGUCCGAGAUGGCAACUCUCGAUAAUGACGAGUCGUCCAUUACAAUACUGAAGCAGAAGGAAGAUGAGCUACAGAAACUGGCAUCUGAUAUUCCCCAGUUCAGUGCGGCUUUGAGUGACAGUCAAAACGAAAUCAAGAAAAAUCGCCAAUUCCUGGAGCCCAAGUUGGAUAGCGUUGUGAAGAAUAUUUCUGAUAAAUUCUCAGAUCUUUUUGAAGAGAUUGGUAGUAGAGGUCACGUAGCAUUAGUGAAACCAGAUAGCUUUGCAGAAUGGAAGAUCGAGAUUAGGGUUGCUUUCCGAGACAAUGCACAAUUAUCUAAGUUAGACGCACGAACUCAAUCCGGUGGCGAGAGAGCAGUCUCUACAGUCCUAUACAUGAUUGCCCUGCAACAAUAUACUACAGCACCUUUCAGAAUUGUCGAUGAAAUAAACCAAGGCAUGGACUCCCAUAACGAGAGAAUCGUUCACAAAUCCAUGGUAAUUAAUGCAUGCGCAGAAAACACAUCGCAGUACUUCCUGAUCACUCCUAAGCUACUGACGGGUCUCUAUUAUCAUGAGAAAAUGAUGAUCCACUGUGUAAUGGCUGGACCAUGGAUUCCUAACCCAAGUGAAUACCCCGAUAUGGUAAAUUUUGGUAAGACCUCGAAGUAUGUACUUUAA